GGCUAACUGUUAUUUGUAAGUCCGUAGAAUAAUACGUAGUAUGUUUAGAGUUUAGUUUCUCUUCUAUCGUCCACGUUUUCUGAACUGCCGCCAUAUCUCAAUCUUAUUUUACUUUGCCCACCAAUUGCCUCCUUCACAUCCCAGGUGGGUGCUUUCUCUUAAAAUCGAGGUUUCUAUUUCUCAUUAAUCGGAGAUCCUAAAUGAAGGAACCAAAAUCGAGGAAGAAGCUCCAAAAAUGCGUAAUCCAAGCUGGCUAGCUGAACCUGACCUUUCUUGCUCCGGUAAUAUACACAACGACGCCAUCCAUAUUACCGUAGAGGGAUGCAUAUGUGUACAUCAACAGGUUGCGGCCUACGUACACUUCCAGGUUGCUCAAAUUUAGCCUACACUUCCAGAGAUCAGUUGGAUGCUGAGACAGAGACAAAUGCCAAUUUACACCAUGAAUUGUAUUACUUUUUGGGUUCCUCUUUGAGAUAUGUGCUUUUUCUUGAUUCUUUCUUCCAGCAGUCCAAUGUUAACAACUCUUUAUAACUGUAAGCUUUUAACUUUGCAACGGUAAGCUAGCUAAUUUAUAUUCAAACAGAUUUACAACACAUGUAACAUAAUGGAUGUAACUUUUUGCUAUUUACAUGCACUCUACAUUAGAGUAAUUGAUUGAGCUCAUGUAGUGUUACGAUUAUAAAUGUUGUUUGCUAUGCUAUUGUUAUACAAGGGUACAUUGGGAAACUUAAUUUUGUUUAUCUUACUGGAAUUCUCUUGUAAGAAAAUUACUUCCCAAGUACUUUGAAUUUAGGUUUGGCAAAGUUGAGUUAGUCGCAUGGACAAGACACCCUAAUCAUAUAUUUUUGUCAAAUCUUGAAUGUUUUUUAGCAAUACAAAUAUAUAACUUCUAAUUGUUUCUUCUCCAGGUUGUCAUUCAAUCUAUUUUUUUAUCCCGGAAUGUAAACCACUAAAGAGUGGGGUAAGUGCCGGGGAACACCUACCAAAUUUAUUAAAAGAAAUGCUAACAAUUUUUAUAGGGAUCAGAUGGAAAAUAGUGAGAGCGCCCCAUUGUUGUAACAGGCGAGGCGGACACUGUUGUCAUUCACUCUAUUAAACAAAGUAUAUUUUACGAUUUAUUUGCACUCACUGAUGGGCUUGAGGGCUGUAAUGAAACAAAUGAGAAGCUCCCUUUUACCAAACUCUUUGAUACCUCUCUCAUGAGUUUGUUGUCAAUGAUGGUACUGUAUUCACUUUUCGUACUAACAAGGAUGCUCCCACGUACAAAAUAGUUAGCUCAAAUAUUAAAUCCUUUUCUUACUACCAAGGAUGCCUCUCUCAAUCACUUUCCCCUCAUCAUAAACCAUUUUCCAAUACUUUUAUUCACUUUCCCCAUGUUUUUCCUUGCUUGUCAUGUUUUUGAUAGGUUAUAUUAGUGGUGAUUGUUUUGUUGCUACUCGUAUGUCUUCUUUGAGAUCAAUACAAGCAGCGGUAAUUUGUACAUUGUAAUGUAGCUGGAGUCACUAAUGAGUAAUAAAGGGGCAGUAGUUGAGUAGUCACUUUGUACAUACUGUUAUAGCAGUUACAAGAAUAAUUAAUAUCAUUAACAAUUGGAUAGUAACUGAGAUUAGACUAGAAGAAAAUGCAACUUAGAACUGUAAAUGUAGUGUGGUUUGUACAAAAUUUCAAGGUAGGUGGUAUCUAAGAUUUGUAGAUAACAUAUAUUACGUACAUAACAAAGCUAACUUAACUAUGUCACAAUGGAUGUGUAUUAAUAGUUACUUAUCAAGUUGCUUAAUAAUAAGAAAAAUGAAUUUUGUCAAGUGAAAAUGGUAGUUAUUAUACAGAAGAGUUAAUUGUUUUGUUUUGUUUCAGUGAGAUGGAAGCUUUGUUUCUGACAAUGUUGAAAGGGCAACGGUGGAAUGAGAAUAAGGAAUCUAAAGCAAAGAUACAUGCAUGGCAUGAUUGUGAACUACUAUCGUAUUUGACAACGUAUGGAGUUCUCAUGGUACAAAUGCGGGAUUUAAUAAGUUGUGAUAUAGAGGUCGAGAAUGUGCGCAUCUCAAAGAAGUUCUCAUGGCAGUGUCUUGAAUCAUGGUGGCUGGGAGCAGCUUCUAAAUCAACUCUUCUAGGGCUAUUAUUCUACGGGGUUAUAUGCUGGUCCAUUUGGAAGACAUAUUGCUCUCUUAACUGGGGUAAUGAGAUCGUGGAAGCAACGAUGGUCACUCCAUAUUGUAAGAAGAAAUUUGCUAAGAAAUAUAGAGGUUCAAAAUGUACUUAAAGAUUUUAAUACCAAACUUCAAUGUCAAGUUAUAUUUUGGGUCAACCCCCAACACCCUAGCCUGAA